GACAGAUUGACGUGGUGUCGCGACGACGACGGAUUGAUUAGAUUUUGAUGGUGGCUGACCGCAGCAGCAAAAGAGUUUUCCUUUUUUAAUUUCCCCACCGGGCAUCCGCGUCGUCGUUGAUCCGGGAGUCCAGAGAUCCCGGCGGUGGGAAUCCGUCGUCCCGUAUUUGGGUUGUUUGAAAGCCGGGACUUUCAAGUCGUCUACCAAAAGAAGUGGAGUCGGAGGAAGAGGAGACAAAAAUCGUGAGGCAACCCGCAAAUAAUGGUGCAAUUUAGGUUUAUCUAGGCCAGAAGUUCUUUUUUUUCUGUCGCUUAUCUUUCUCCUCUUUUGGGUUUGUCAACUCAUUGUGAAGAUUUUUUGUGCGAAAAAAUAAGGGGUUUGGCUAAUUGGAUUUGUCCUCGAGGGGAAGAGUGAGUGCGUGCACGACAUGAUGAACGAGGAGGUCGCGCCGAGCCGGAAUGUGGUGUCGCAGUUCUUCAAACGGAUCUCGCAGCUGUACCAGUUGCAGCUGGACCGGUGGACGCCGCACACCCGGAUGCGCUGGGCCGGAGCGAUCGUGCUCGUGCUGGCCUUCCUGCUGCGCGUCUUCACCAAACAGGGCUGGUACAUUGUGACGUACGCGCUCGGGAUCUACCACCUGAACCUGUUUAUCGCGUUCCUCACGCCCAAGAUCGAUCCGGCCCUGGAUCUGGACGACGACGGCGGCCCCGAGCUGCCGACGCGCUCGAACGAAGAGUUCCGGCCGUUCAUCCGGCGGCUGCCCGAGUUCAAGUUUUGGUACGCCAUCUCCAAGAGCACCGUGAUCGGCAUCGUGUGCACCUUCUUCGACGCGUUCAACGUGCCCGUGUUCUGGCCCAUCCUGGUCAUGUACUUUAUCACGCUGUUCUGCAUCACCAUGAAGCGGCAGAUCAAGCACAUGAUCAAGUACCGGUACCUGCCGUUCACCCACAGUAAGCCCCGCUACCAGGCCGUCCCGACGGCGGACGCCAGCAAGUGACAAUUAAAAGCACAAACCUUGCCAUCAUCGUCGUCGUCACUACUAUCGUCCGUGGCAGUACCCAAUUCCGCUCCCGUGGCGGCUGCCGCCGAAGUCCACGGCCAACCGUCGGCGGCCGGAGCUAGUCCAUCGCCGCUGAUUUCGACCGUUUGAGAACCGCGUACAGAAAUGAAAGAACGAAAAGUGCUUCUUGGAACCUGUGUGUAAUUUAUGAGUUCACACCCCCUUUUUAAGUUUCAGUUGAGCUUCGAUUUGAGUUUUUUUUUGUUUUGGUUCAGCAGUCGAUUUGAGGAGACGCAAUUUGACGAUAGAGAAAAAAGUGAUGCAAAGACCACACCAUCCGGGCAUUGAUUUGUGCUUACGUCGUAGUUUAAAAAAAAAGAUGUGUUUUUUAUAAUACUAUUAUAUUCGAAAAGCUUAAAAUCUACAACCUUCAAAACCAAAAUUUUUCUGUAGUUCUAUUUCAUCAACGAAAUCAAUUUCGUGUACAGAGCCGAAAGUUUACUAAUUCUUAAGUAAAGCUAUUAUUAUUUGUAUUCUCUUUUCUUCGCCUUUCUUUAGUUGAUUAAUCCGUAGGUGAAUUAUACGUUGAGCUAGUUUUUAGAAUUAUUUUCCCCCACCCCAACCCCAACAAAAACUUUUUAACCAACAUUUUUCAACUGUAUGUUUAUCGAACCUAAGUAGCGAAAAAUUAAAGUUAAUUUUCACGCAAGUCACACUCCAGCAGUAAGUCAACCACCGACUCUCGAGGAUUCCGUGAAAGAUGAGAAGCGAAUGUGACGAAAAUGUGAGUGCGAGAACGAAAAUAAGUAAUUAGUAACAAAAAACAAGCAAAAAAUUAGCAUCCUACCUAAGUUAUCACAGCAAAAGAAAUAACAAAAAAAUGGCAUCCCUAUCUGUACUAGGUGGAAGGAAGAAGAAAUAUACACACUAAACAAACACACAUACACACACACGUGGGAUAGAUUAAAAAAAACGGGAGGAUUGAGAGAAAGGAGAAAAUACCGACAGCAUUGUAAUAAGAAAACUCUUGGAUAACCAAAUAAAUAUUAAAAAAGUGGUAA